ACAACGUUUUGAGUCAUCUUGAACCUUCGCCCCCUAUAUUCUCCCUGCACUCUCUCUGACAUGUGUCUACUACUUUUCUCCGUCCCGGAAUCACCACCGAUUUCCCCACCAUAUGCAAGAAAGCUAGCAAGCGCAGACGAAGCAUCUCUCAUCUACUCUCUUGAAUUAUGGUGAUCUGAACUUAUAUUACAGACUCAUACCCAACACCGUUACCAUCAACGUCUCUCAUCGACUUCUCUCUUGAAUUAUGAUGAUCUGAACUUAUACUACAGAGUCAUAACUAGAAAACCAACUGAAACGAAAUAUGGGUUGCACGCAAUCGAAGAUCGAGAACGAGGAGGCAGUGAGUCGGUGCAAGGAGCGGAAGAUCUUCAUGAAGGAAGCAGUUUCCGCGCGUAAUGCUUUCGCUGCUGCACACAGUUCUUACGCCAUGGCAGUCAAGAACACUGGGGCUGCUCUCAGCGAUUACGCCCAUGGCGAGGUACAGAAUCCCAGCCACUCGGUCUCUACCGUUCCCCCCUCCUUGCCGAAUGCUCCUGACCCGGCAAUCCCGCAGCCGCCGGUGGAAACACUUCCCCCUCCUCCUCCUCCACCGCUGUCUACUAUGCCGGCUUCCCCUCUUCAGCGCGCCGUCAGUGCUCCGGAGAUCAAGAUCUCUUCGAAGACCAUGGGUGCCCCCAGCACCAUAAUCGAGGAGGAAGAUGGGAUCAUUGACGAAGAGGACGAUAUGAUUGUGGAGAAUCGUGAAAGACUCACCCGGAAGUCGAGGAGCCGUAAAUCUGGUGGUGGUAGCGAGAGAGGGAGAAACGAACUUGAUGGGGUGGCUACACGGCCACGAGUUGUGGUAGAGGAGAGCAUGCCCCAGCAACAGCAGCAGGGUUAUUAUGAUUACUUCUUUCCGACAAUGGAGAACAUGCCGGGCCCCACACUGGACGAGGUUAGGAUGGAGGCUCCGCCGCAGCGUCCAAAAGAAGUGGAGCAGGUUUCCGAGCGGAAGGUGUUCGAUGAAAGACCAAAUAAAGGUGAGGAGGGAGGCGAUGAUGGCAGAAAAAGUGAGGCAAUGAAAAACUCCGUGGAGUCAGAGAAGGUGAGCGUGGCAGCCGCCGGCGGUGGGUCGGGUAGAGGAGCAAAGAAAGGGAAGGGAGUGAUGGAGAAGAGGGUGGUGAAAGGAGGAGCAGUGAACUUGGUGCAGAUAUUUGUGGAGCUUGAUGAUCAUUUCUUGAAGGCCUCAGAGAGCGCCCACGAGGUUUCCAAGAUGCUGGAGGCCACCCGGUUGCAUUAUCACUCUAACUUCGCGGAUAAUCGGGGACAUAUUGAUCACUCUGCCAGAGUGAUGCGUGUCAUUACCUGGAAUAGGUCAUUUAAAGGGAUGCCUGAUGUUGAUGAUUAUGGAAAGGAUGAUUUUGAUUCUGAAGAAAAUGAAACUCAUGCUACUGUGUUGGAUAAAUUACUAGCAUGGGAAAAGAAGCUUUAUGAUGAAGUGAAGGUAUGCUGUAGAGUUUCUUUGGCGGUCCUUUCUUCACCUGUUGUCCUGGCAGGUGAACUUAUGAAAUUUGAGUACCAAAAGAAGGUUUCUUCACUGAAUAAGCUAAAGAAACGAAAUGGCAAUUCUGAUGCACUAGAGAGAGCAAAAGCGGCAGUAAGUCAUCUACAUACAAGAUACAUAGUUGAUAUGCAAUCUAUGGACUCAACAGUUUCAGAGAUAAACCGUUUACGAGAUGAGCAGUUAUAUCCAAAACUUGUUCAGCUUGUUGACGGGAUGGCCACGAUGUGGGAAACCAUGCAAUUUCACCAUGAGAGUCAGUCGAAGAUUGUAAUAGCCCUGAGAUCUCUGGACAUCUCUCAAUCGCCCAAGGAAACAAGCAAGCACCAUCAUGAACGUACCAUACAGCUGUUCUCCAUUGUGCAUGAGUGGCACGAACAGUUUUCAAAGAUUAUAAAAUGUCAGAAAGAUUAUGUGAAGGCCCUAAACAGUUGGUUAAAGCUAAAUCUCAUCCCAAUAGAGAGCAACCUGAAGGAGAAGGUUUCUUCACCACCAAGGGUACAAAGUGCUCCAAUUCAGAUGCUGCUCCUUGCUUGGCACGAUUACAUUGACAAACUUCCAGAUGAGGUUGCAAGAGUUGCUAUAUUCAACUUUGGUGCCGUAAUAGACACUAUAAUGCAGCAACAGGUUGUGGAAAUGGCAUUGAAGGAAAAAUGUGAUGAGACUCGAAAAGAGCUUGCCCGCAAGACCCGGCAAUUUGAAGACUGGUAUAAUAAGUAUAUGCAGCAGAGAGUGCCUGAUGACUUUGAUCCAGAUAAGCCAGAAGAUAAUCCUCACAAGGAUGUAGUUGCAGAGAAGCAGUUUGUGGUGGACGCAUUAAAGAAAAGAUUGGAAGAGGAGGAAGAAGCUUACCAGAAACAGUGCCUUCAUGUGAGAGAGAAAUCUCUGGCGAGCUUGAAAACCCGCUUGCCGGAGCUUUUCAGGGCAAUGUCAGGGAUUGCUUCUGAUUGUUCAAACAUGUACAGGCAAUUGAGAUCUAUCUCACAGGCUCAUAAUCAAAGUGAGAACUCUGAAGAUUAAUAGUUGGGUGCUUGUAAAAUUUACUUACAUGUAUCAUGUAACUCUAUAGUGGUCUUUAUAUGGUACAACCUUUUGAAUUGUAUAUCAGACUGUCAUUAAUCGAUAUUUACACGAGUUACAAUGUAAAA